AUGAAACUUUUCCAGACACUUGCUUCCCUCGCUCUCGUUUCAGCUCAGGCACCACCGGAGCCGAAGAACUGUGCUGACUGUAUCGCCUUCGACAAUGCUUACAAAGACGAGUGCAAAAAGAACCCCCACCUAAUCGACGACUACGUCAAUAUGCUCAAGCAAGAGUGUUCCUCAGCUGGAAAUCUUCAGUCGAUUUGCGAGACAAUCGCCGGCGGAGCAUUCAAAAAGUACUUGGAAAAGAUUCGAGAUGAGGAUUCCAAGCAGUACUGUACUGAAAUUACGAUGUGCCAGAACUCCAUCGUCAGAUUUUAUCAACAAGAUGACCCUGACUGCACCGCGUGUUUGAACUUCAUGACCGAUCUCCGCCUGAUCGCUCGAUACGACCCUCCCCACUUCGCUCAAAUCUUCGACGCGAUCGUCAAAGGACUCUGCGAAGAAACCGGCAAGUUCGAAUCCAGAGUUUGCUACCAGGAACUCAAAGGACACGAAGAAGACGCUAGAAAAGCGAUCAUGAACGCGGACCAGCAAAAAGUUUGCGUCCAGCUUGAAUAUUGCUAG